AUGGGAACCCCCGCUCCCCGAGGCUUCCUCCUGCUGCUUCUGGCUGCCCUAGCUCCAACUCUGACCCAAACCCCCGUAUCCCGGCCUGGCCUCGGGGAACCCCAAUACAUCUUCGUUGGCUACGUGGACGACACGCAGUUUGUGAACUUCGACAGUGAUGUGCAGAGUCAGAGACUGGAGCCACGGGCGCCAUGGGUGGAGAAGAUGCCACCAGAGCAUUGGGAGCAAUGGACACUGAAAGUCAAGAACAGACAACAUAAUGUACCAGUUCUCCUACAGGCCGUGGUCCAAGAACACAACCAGAGCCAGGAAGGGUACAGUCGGCAUGCCUAUGAUGGCCAAGAUUACAUGGCCCUGAGUGAAGACCUGAAAACGUGGAGGGUGGCUGACUCUGCGCCUCAGAUCACCGGAAAAAUAUGGAAGGAGACUCUUCAGGCAGAGUUCUUUGGGGCUUUCCUUGAGGUGGAGUGCGUGGAGACCCUCCUCAGGUACCUGGAGGCAGGCAAGGAGACACUGCUGCGCACAGAUGCCCCAAAGGCACGUGUGACCCAUCACCCCAGACCUGAAGGUGAUGUCACCCUGAGGUGCUGGGCUCUGGGAUUCUACCCUUCAGAGAUUAUGUUGACCUGGCAGAGAGAUGGGGAGGACCAGACCCAGGACAUGGAGAUGGUGGAGACCAGACCUGCAGGGGAUGGAACCUUCCAGAAGUGGGCAGCUGUGGUGGUGCCUUCUGGGGAGGAGCAGAGAUACACAUGCCAUGUGUAUCAUGAGGGACUGCCCAAGCCUCUCACUCUGAAAUGGGAGACACCCCAGGCCACCAUCCCCAUUGAGGGAAUCACUGCUGGUCUGAUUCUCCUUGGAGUUGUGGUCACUGGAGCUGUGGUUGCCAUUGUGAUGAGGAAGAAGAUGAACAGAGGAUCUCACACUGUAUCCCAGGCAGGCUUUGAACUGAGAAGCUGUGACGGUUAA